GGGUUGGCGUUUGGCUUGCCAACAAAAUGAAGCCAUCCGAGGCUCGCGCCUCUGCCUUUGUCAUUUGGCCGAGAUGGCUCCUCUUAAUUCUUCUCCCUUUGGGUCGGCAGCCUCCUUCAUUUGCGCAAAUGCCCAAGAGCAUAGUUCCUCCUUCUCAAUUCGCUCCGCUAUUUCCGGCCCUUCGGUGAUUGCUACGAUUCCAGGACGAUAUUUCGAAACAAACCACUUCAGGGUCCUUCCCGGCCUAUUCAGGUACCAUCGGUGGAUAUCCGUGGUUGAGCCAGGGCACCCAAAGAUAUUAGCGGCGGAUGCAAGGCCUGGAGCCCACUGCCAAAGGCACGACAACCGACGCCAUGAUCAAAGAGGCUAAGCGUUCCAGACCAAUCGACCUCCCCCAGGGUCCUGGCAGCAUUGGCCGACAUCCUGGGCUCCAUCCAGGAGUCGACAACGAGGGUAUUGUGCACGGCCGUGACCCAUUGGUCUCCCUCAUCCCAGGACAAGGUCUUGUGUCAGGUUCUGCCCUACGCGACGCAACUGGACGUGGCCGUCCUACUCAAAACCGCAAUGUCUGCCACUUCUCCUUCCCUGACAGAUGGAAACCCUAUCUCGUCCGUCGUCUGUCUCGUCCGCUGCCUCGCCAGGUUCUCACUCCCGACGUUGUCGCCGCUGCCAUAGCCGUCAUGCCGCAUCGACCAAGCACUUCCGCUGGACCUGGAUCCUUCAGCUCAGCAAGUUCGAGGUCAAUUUACGAGAAACGCCAGUCGAAGGACGACAUGCUGCUUACUGUGGAUGGACGGAUGGGUACUGGAAGGCUAAAUCCCUUAGGCAUGCAACCAUACAUGAUGGGUAUCAGAGGUGGAAACCUGCCGACGCCAGAGGCGAGUCCUGAUCAAGCAGCAGCAUCCAGCAUGACUUCGUUUUUGGCUCCAGCCACUAUGACUGGCCACGAGUCCUUCAUGACCUCAAUGGAGGUGCCGAUCGGAAUGGCUCUGGGAAGCCCUUCGCAAUUGUCCGAAAUUCAACCCAGCUCGUGGCAACCACAAAGCGUCACACCACCUCGAAGGACUCCUUCACCACCACCGCCACCGCCAGCAGCAGCGCCGCAAAUGGUACCUCAGACAGCAUCUCUAGCACCCCCUCUUCAGAGGCGAAAGACGACAAGGCAAAGGAUAUUUGGAGCCCUGUUCGGGAGAGGAAAGCAGUCAGCUACAGCAAAGGCCGCCGACCUUAUUUCUGCAAACAGUUCUGCGGUGUCUCUGUCGACAACAGGUGGUGGACGGGAAGCUGCUGGCAGUGCCGUCCCGUCGAGGAACAACACGAUCAGUGGGAGAAAAAGACCAAAGCAUGUCCCAAUACUCGUCAGGUCGAACACAGAUCUCCCAACGACUACUGCGCCUGUCGAGCCACGGCAGUGGGAGCAGCCACCACCACCACCACCACCACCACCGGUGCCUCCAGCAAGCUCUUGGAAUGAUCGGUCACGGAGUGUUACGCCCAGCUCGUUGGCUAGUGCUCCCUCACUAAUCGACGUGGAGAUUCCGUGUAUCAAACUGGAACGAUACAGCGUCAUGUUUAGUGGAGUCUUGAACCCGCAACAGCAAAGAAGAAACAGCAACAUGACACUCCUGGAGAGGCGUCAGGCUACGCUCGAGAAGCUAAAGUCGAUCAACGGCAGGGUCGUGGCUCAAUGUGAAGAGGAGGUAAAACAGCCCCGUAGAGCAAGCUCGCCCCAGCCGACACAAUCACCAUCCUUUUCGAUUUUCCCACCAACACCAGGCCGUCAACAACUCGAUGUUCCCCCAACUCCUCGAUCCCGUUCAAACUCAUCACCAGCCGUCAUCCCGUCACCAACGGUGGAAAGAUUUUCUGAAUACAUGCAACCGUUGGAAGCUCCUCCCCGUCGUAGGGAGGAAAAGCGAGUGACGAUAAUCUCACCACGGACGAUGGAAGAGCAGCAGCAGCAACAGCCUCAAACUUACCACGACACUCAACCACAGCAGGAAAUCCAACCAGAGUAUCUUCCUGGUGAUGAAGAUCUUUCUGUCAUCUCCAGAAGGCCAGAGGCUUGGGAAGAACAGCAACAGCAUCAACCCGAACCGGAACAGGCUUUCCCCACACGGAAAGACUCACAUUUCCCUCCCGAAAAAUCGUUCCUUAUCCUCGAUACCCCUCUAAGUCCACCAGAACAUUUCCUAGACGUAUCGAGCACCCGGCAGUCAUACGAGCCGGAAAUCGUCAGCCCGUUCCUCCUCAAACCAACCGUCUACCAGCCGCCCGAACCGCGCCUAGUGGUUCCAGGCCCGCCAACACGCUCACCCCCAUCGCCGCCGCAGCCAUCUAUGCCCGAAACAACUUGUUCCCCCGCCUUACCAGUCCACAAAGGGCACACCCUCUCCCCCUCCGUCGACCUCGCCGCCGCCGCCGAGGAAGAAGCCGAGGAAGCAGACCCCAUCAUCAAAGCCGCCGUCGAGAUCUCCGUCGCCCGCACCAUCAGCAUCUCCCGCCGCGCCGGCGCCCGGCAGAAACGGGUUGAAUCCCCUGCAUCGUCUACACCACCACGCUCCCCCUCCCAGCCCCCCUCCACACAAUCACGCUCGGAAAGACCUCGUCCCAUCCCGCUUGCCCGCAGCGCCUCCGUCAGCGCCGGCUCCCUGCAGCGCUCGCGCUCCGUGAAAGCCAACCAGAUCACCAUCACGCGCGCGGGAACGCUCAAGGUGCGAGGGCCGGGGGCGGCACCAAAGUUGACAACGACGACAAACGACCUAGGCAGGGUGGCGGAGACGAAGCAGGCUACGCCGACGUUGGUGGUGCCGCCGCCGGCAGAACUCCUUAUCAACAGUCCUUGCUCGGCGCUUUCUACUCCUGGGGCUGUCACUCCGGGGACUGCGGGGAGUGAGUUGCCCAAAGAGGUGUUGGCUAGGUAUAGGAAGAGUGAGAGGGUGGAGAUCGUGACGGGGGAUGUGGCGGAUCUUUUGAGUGACUCCGGUGGUAGCGGUGGUGAAGGUGAGAGUGGGAGUGAAGCCGAAGGCCGCGGCCGUGGCCGGGGACAACUUAUGAGGCCGGAUGCGGCUGAAACGAGAUAUGUCAGGGUUUAGUGUGAUGACGGGUUGCAGUGGUGGCCGCGGGUUAGUUCUCUCCUUUUGUCUGUCUGUCUGUCUGUCUGUCAAUUUCCAUGAUCUAUCUGGGGUGUUUCAGAAGGUUGUUCGGGGUUUGCAUUGCGAGCAAGGGAGGUUGACGUUGCUAAAUAAGCGUUUAGUUGUG